AUGGCUCUCUACUUCCUUCCACCACAACCACAAUUCGCUCGUCGAGGUUUCUUCGACGGUAUUCUCGAAGACAUCGACCGUAUCGAGUCAGCAAUAGCACCAAUGCUGGCAGCUGUUUCGCACCAAAAAGAGGAAUCCGCUGGAAAAUCGGCAAAGGUUGUCGAUGACGAUUCCAAACUAGCCAUCUCUCUGAAUGUCGCGAACUUCAAACCAGAAGAAUUAUCAGUCGAUUUGGACGGAAAAAUUCUCAAGGUACAAGGCAAACAAGAGAUCAAGGAAGAAAACGGCUAUUCCAUGAGGACUUUUGUUCGACAAUGGAUGCUUCCUGAAAACGUUGAUGUGGAACAACUUAAGUCAUCUUUGAGUGAAGAUGGUCACCUCGCCUUGGAAGCGCCCAGAAUCACGAAAAAGUCGCCAGCUUCCAGAAGCAUUCAGAUAGAGAAAGCGCCCGCUGCCGUAACGGAGAAGGAGAACCAUCAGCAAUAA